CAUAUUGAAAUAAAACGCAUUUUAUUCACAGUUAAAAUUGAUGCUUACUGAAAUAUAUUCAACAAACGCUAAUCCCCCUUGUUUGUUUGCUUUCAUAGGAGAAAGUUGUCUUCAUAGUCACACGUGUGGAAUACGUCAAUCUGUAUCACACAAUGACUGAUUGGUACAACACAUUCUUAACAAUGAAAUUACUCCACUUAUCAUCAAAGGAUGUGCACAUCUUGCUGGCGGAUGGUCAUCCUGUUGGAAGAUUUGACCAAGUGUGGUAUGAAUUGUUCCACAAUUCAAUAUCCGGAAUAGGGGUUUACAGAAGACGUUCAAGGCAGAAGAAGACAAGGAUGGUAAGAACAAAUCACAGUCUGAUUCGAACUGUGCCCAUCGGCCGGUAUGAUUAUCUACACAUCGCUAAACUUGUAUUGGUUCCAUAUGGUUAUGCAAGUCCCUUGUAUGUUGAGUCGAAUCCAACUGGAGAAAUAUUUGUCGACGAAUUCAGAAACUUUAUCCUUGAAAGCUACCAGUUAACUGACGAGGUGAGUAGAUGUCAAAGAACACCCCUGAACCAAUCAUCACAUCCUCACAUUCUUCUCAUCAGUCGACGUAAUCACAUUGCCCAUCCACGUAAUAUGAAAGGACAUGUCAGUCGAAAAAUCAGUAACGAAGAAAAGCUGUUGAGUGAAUUAAAACAAAUGGGUUUCCGAAAUUCAAUGCUUAUCGAUUUAGUUCAAUUACCCAUGUCUGAACAGAUCAAAUUAGUUAUGAAUACGGAUAUAUUAAUCGGAAUGCAUGGUGCUGCAUUGACACUGAGUUUAUUCCUUCCGAGUACUUCAUGUCCUGUUGAAUUAUUCCCCGGCUUUUGGUUUGGUUCUAAUAAACACCUUUCAAAGUUGGCUGAACUACGUGGGAUUCAAUACAUGGCUUAUCAUGGUCUCCCUGAGAAUGAUGUGUCAUCUGAUUCGUCUUACAUUCCAGUAGAUCGAUUCAAGUUGAUUGUAUUGAAAGCGAGGAGAUUAUGGAGAAUGCGAAUGGAUAGGAGAACUGUGAGUUGUUAA